AUGGUUUUGUCUGGUAUUGACAUCGUUCUCAUUCUGACGUACUGGCGGGUCACCCGCUGGUCACAGAUUGAGCCAGCCGAAACCCAGCAGCUUUCCGUUGUGCUAAGUAAGCUAACUGUUGUCGUGUUUCAGGUUGGUUCUUGCAACGUGCAAAAACUCUGCGAAGAAGUCGGCACCCUUCAGCUGGCUGAUGACAGCCACUUUCCUGCCGAAGUGGCAACCGACAAUCACGACUUACUGGCAGCUCGUUUGAAAUGCGUGCCACCACUGCCGUUGCUUCCGUGGUGGUUUAGCCCUGAAUGCGAUUCGUCGACUGGCACCCGGCGUUUCGAAGUAUCUUUCAUUAACAACCGAUUGAAUGGCGACGGGAUGCCAUCGUCGGUUCUGGUCGCUGAAGAAGGAAUCGCGGACAACGACGGUCACCUGUCGUCGUCGGUCGGUAGCCCCGUUGGCUGUGAAGGAGUUGCUGGUGGUCUGUCGGAAGUAACGGCCGAAUCUCUGUUGGCCGGACCUUUGGACAACGGCCUGAUGGUCGCCGUUGGCGAACAAGCGUCUCACGACCAGUUGAAAGAACGACUCAAAGCUCAACUAGAGUACUACUUUUCCCGCGAAAACCUGGCAAGCGACAUUUAUUUGCGGUCGCAGAUGGACAACGAUCAGUACGUGCCUAUAAGGAUCGUCGCCAAUUUCAACAUGGUCAAGAAACUGACCAAUGACAUUAACCUUAUUGUCGAGGUUCUACGUGCUGUUGCGGAAUUCUUUAUGGAAUAUCUACCAACACUGGCAUUCACCACCGCCGACAAUAAUAUCCAUCCCCUACUGUUUAAACUGUACAUUGGUAACAUAUUCGCCAUCAGUGGAAAAGACACGUACGCGUUUCUCUUGAAUCAGUUUGAUACCCCGUAUCCAGGAUAA